AUGAGUUUCUACCGGAAGAUGUAUAAUCACGGCGCGCUGUGCGCAGACCAACGCAGAAAAGUAGACCGUAAUGGAAAUCCUACAAUGUCUGCACAUCCAGCUCGAUUUUCUGUAGAGGACAAAUAUUCAAGAGAAAGGAUUACAAUAAAAAGAUGUGGUCUACUGUUGACCCAGCAACCACAACCUAAUUACUAA